GAGUGGCUGAUCUUUUAAUAGCUCACUCUUUGUGGCAGUCCUUGCAUAUGGUCAUACCACCCUGUCUGCACCUGAGGGCGCUAGUGGUGACAGGAAGCGGUAGAGCAAGAGAAGCAAGGCGGAAGGAGUGUUUUUUUCUCACACUGUUUGGAAAAUUGUUGCGAAGGAGUGUGUGAAGUCUGGGUUUGUUGAAUCCUCAAACAGCGCAUGCUGUGGGAGGAUAGACACUUCUAGCAGCAAAGAAGGAGAAAUGGUUGGACAACUGGAGAAGGGAAGAGAGCAAAACAUGUGGAGAGGUGCCGAGCGCAGUUAUGACAAAGAGCUUACAGUGCUGGUGGAGCUGGAAGGGGAGGAUAGAAUCACAAUGAUGGAAUUGUUGAAGAACUGACAUUGCGGAUGGGACAAGGUUUUUGAAAGUUAAGUUCAACAAUGUCGUCAAAUCGUUGCCUUACUCAACGAAGUUUGAGACGCUCAGUGGGACUGAACACUUCAGGGUUAUACACGAUAGACAAGUCAAGGUUUGCCGUCUGUGUAUACAACCGGGCCAUGUUGUGAGGGAAUGCCCGAGCUUUAGGUGUUUUAGAUGCGACAAACAAGGACACUAUGCAAGAGAGUGCAAGGAGGCGAAUUGCGGCAUGUGUGGAAUGCGGCCAGGACUCUGCGUUUGUGAAACGCCGGCAGAGAUGGAAAAGGCUAACAGUGAGGAGGAAGUGUCGGAUCUAUACGAGGUGGAGGACAGCGGAGAUGAUGAGAGUGGAAAUGCAGAAGGAGAGGAGAGUCAAAUCGCCGGGGGAAAGGAAGACGCAGCGAUGACAUGGGAAGACAUUGGAAGGGAGAACAGUCGAGGGGAGGUAGACAUAGGGCAGCGGAUGAGAGAAAGAAAGAAGAAAGAGAGCAUACCAGGUGAAGAGAUGGAUCCUAAAGACCUGGAGUGUGAAGAUGGAGACGGGAAGAAGGUUAGAAAUAGAGAAGAUGAAGGUGAGAAUGCUGAAGGUAAGGGAGAUGAGCAGUGGGGGGGAAAAAGAAUGAAGAAAGACGAGGGGGGAGGAAAGGAGAAAGAAGUGCUAGAGAAUCCUGUGGUAAAUGCGGAGGAGGACAUGGACAUGGGUGAGGGGAAGAGUAUGCUGAAGAAAAGAAAGAAGAAAAGUGGGGAGAAGCACAAGGAAGAAAGUAAGAGCUAGAUUUAAUUUGAAUGGGUAUAAAUAUUAUUUAAAAAUGUGACAAUCAUUAUGUGGGGUGGUUUGCACAUUGCGAGUCUAAACAGUAAUGGGUUAAGAGACCUAAAUAAGUUCGAGAGGGUGAAGAGAGUGUUAAAAGCUGAUGUGCUGUGCUUACAAGAGACGCACUGGACAGGGGACAUAAUGGAUAAUAUAAAAAAGAUAUGGGAGGGAGAAAUUUACGUGAGUCACGGGAACGCAAAUGCUUGUGGAGUGGCUAUUUUGAUAAAAGGAGAAAGUGUGCAAGAUGUGAAACAGAUUUAUAAAGAUGGAAGUGGGAGAUUGUUAGGGCUUGAAUUUAUGUUUUGCAAUGAACUGUUUAGGCUUAUAAACAUUUAUGCACCGAAUGUAGAGGUGGACAGAAAAUAAGUCUUUAAUUAAAUGAAGACAUUAUGUAAAGGAAAGUGUAUAGUGGUUGGAGAUUAACGUAUGGUGUACGAGACUGGACGCUGGACACUUUAAGUAGUGCCAAUUUUAAAACUGAUGGGUCAAAAAAGAUCUUAAUGGAGUGGAUGUGGAAUGAAGAUAUAGUUGAUGUGUGGAGGGAAGAGAAUCCACAUAAGAGGGAGUUUUCGAGAAGACAAAUGGUGAUGGGUAACUUGAAACAGAGUCGAAUAGAUUUAUGAUUGAUGAGAAGAGAAAUGUUAAAAUAUGUGAAAUAUAGUUUUGUUGGUUUAAGUGAUCAUGCGG